AACAUAUCACACCACAACUGUUCUACUCUCGGAGACCAGUUGAUCACCUGUCCCAGUUGAUCACUGGAAAAGUCCCGAAAGAGAUUGGUGCCUGUUGAAACCACGUGGAAAGGUCAUUACCAGUUACUGUGUCCAUAACCCCCAUCCCUUACAUAGGACUGAGAACUCACAGGCGUGUCUCCUUCCUCACCUUUCCCAUUACUCUUUACCUCUAUAUCUUCACUGACCUUAAUUUCUUGAGUUUGUUCUCUUGCUUUCUCUCACUCUAUCAAGUAUUGUCUACUCCACUUCACAGAACCACUCUUCCUAAAUGGCCAUGGUCACUGCCUCUGCUCGUUCUUCUCUCAAGCUUUCCUCUCCUUUGCUACGCACCUCUGUAUUUCCCACUAUCCCAACAGCUUCCUCCAAAUGCUUCUUCCCUUCUUCAUUGGCGCCUGCGUUAUCGACCGCUAGAAGAAGAGCUGUCCUCUCUCCUUUAGUGAUAAAAAGCAAAGUCAGUCAAGAUGUUGACUGUUUUGAGGAGGCUGAGCAGCUACAGAUGCAAGUGGGGAAGCCCAGUGAGACUCUCUUGUACUCCAAUCUUCUGCCUCUGCUGCUAUUGGCUGCUCUUCCUGGAGCUGGUGCUGUGACAUCUCUAUUUGAGCCUUUUGUCGAACUUGUCAAAUCAUUCAGUCUUCCUGGCUGGCUUGUGCAUUGGGGUCACCCAGGCAAUAUGGCUGUUGUUCUCUUUGCAAUGGGUGGCUAUGGAUCAUAUCUUGGGUACCGGAUACGAUAUUCUGAUGAUGUGGAGGAGAAGGCCAAGGCCAAAGACUUGCACCCCAAGCUUCUAGCUGGGAUGUUCUUCUUCUUUGCUGCUGGAGCAACUGGUGGAGUAACAGCUCUUCUCACCUCUGACAAACCCAUUUUUGAGAGCUCUCAUGCUGUCACUGGAUUUAUUGGCCUUGGUCUCUUAACCAUUCAGACAAUUUUACCUUCUUUGUUUGAGGGUAAUCCCAACUUAAGAAGUGUUCAUGGGGUCUUGGGUACUGGGAUAAUGACAUUGUUUGUUGUUCAUUUUGCCCUUGGACUUCAACUUGGUCUAAGCUUCUAGAUCCCCUCUCCGUGCCUAGAUUUCUUGGACUUCCUUCUAUUCUUUUAGCUGAUUAGCCUUACUAUGUAUACCCUUCCACAUUUGGACACCAAUUGAGUAAAAAAGCAGCAAACAAGCAGGAUUUGUGUAAUUCGGCAGAGAAACAUGGAGAACAAUCGAUGAUCAUGGAAGUGUUGUCCUAAUAAAGUAGAGAUGUGAUGUUAUGCCCACACUGUACAUGUGAAGCUAAGGAGAAUAUCUUUAUCAUAUCCGUAGGGAAUUUGAACAAUAAGAGAAAUCUUUAUCGGUAGGGAACAUCAAAUUCCGAUCAGGCUCGCCUGCAUUC